GGAUGCAUCUUCCUGACCUGCUCCCCCCCUCCCUCCCCCCCAAUAACAAAUCUGCAAAUUGGGAGUUUGGGGGCUUCUCCUUCCCCCUUUCGAACCAGUGAGAGUCUACGCCCGCAUUUCAUAAGCAACAGAUCUGGACUGAUUCCGAAUGAAGAAGGUCUCUCUACAACAAAUGAAGACCAUCAACCUCUGAAAAACUUUUGGUUCAGCCUUGAUUCUCAGUGACACGUUGUGGUGAAAAUCCUGUCUCAGUGACACGUCGUGGUGGCAAUCCUGUCUCAGUGACACGUCGUGGUGGGAAUUCUGUGGAAACUGCCUUUGGCUUCCUUGUCUGAAACCAGUGGCUUUUGGUUGCCUCUUCAGAUGAGAAGAAAGGCCUGAACUGAGCAAAGCUAGAGUUACCCAUUGCAACAGAAAAUGGCUGCCGAAAGGGCAAGAGGGUCCACAGUUCUGGGUUUCCAUCUCCGGGCUCUUCUGCAGCAGGACACAACGGCAGCCAUGAAAAUGGAACGGCUGGUGCCGGAGAAUCCUAAACCAGAGCUGGAAUUGGGAGGAUCCAGAGAUGACCCUGAUGACCCCCAGCCAGAGACGACUACUCAGGGUCGAACUGCAGCACAGCAGUGCAUUAAACGGGAAACCGAAGAGGGUCCAGUGUCCCAGCGCUGGGAAUCGCAAAGGAUGGAGUUUGUGAAGAUUGUUCAGUCCCAUCCGUUGGGAGACCGAACCCCUCAGCGUCUAGAGAUGACACCAACAAAUGUUAAACAGAACUUCCCGGCCUUGUUUGAAGGAGCAGCAGCCACCAGCCCAUGGGCUGAUGAAGAGACAGAGGGUAGACCCAUACUGGGACUGAACAGAACAGCCUCCAAGCCCAACCAUGAGCCAGACUUCCCAGAUCAAAAAGACCUUGACGACAUUAAAGUGAUCAAGAUUGAAGAGCCUGGGAGUCCCGAGCUCCAACGGCAGCGCUUCAGGCAGUUCCGUUACCAGGAAGCUGCUGGCCCAUGGGAGUCCUACUGCCGCCUCCGGGAGCUUUGCCACCAGUGGCUGAUGCCAGAGAGCCACACCAAAGAGCAAAUCCUAGAGCUGGUGAUCCUGGAGCAGUUCUUGAGCAUCCUGCCCCAAGAGAUGCUGAGCUGGGUCCGGGAACGUGGGUCAGAAAACUGCAUUCAGGCAGUGGCCUUGGCAGAGAAUUUUCUCCUCAGGCAGCAAGAGGCCGAGAGGCAAGAUCAGCAGGGCCCUGGGAUGACACACGAGGCAGUUCCGCGGUUCCCGGUGAGUGAUGGAACUUCACUGGAAAUGGCUCUUGGUCACCUCUACAGAGAAGUCAAGCUGGAACACAACGGGGAAGCCUCUGUCUUCGGUGCUUGGAAGCCAGCUGAGAACAUCAGGAUGUCCUCUGAACGAGGAAGAAUUCAGGACUUGGAAGACUUUUCCAAACAAGCAGAGCCAAAGAGAUUUCAGGGAAACGAAACAGAGGAACAAAGGAGUAACUCCUUCAUCUCCCCAGCCGGAAGCCUUUACGAAAUGGCCAUCCAGCAAGCCAUGCACAGAGAGAAGAAAAACACUAAGAAAUUAGGGGAGAAUUUGUUCCGAGACAAAUCCCUCAUGAACCGGCAUUCGCGAACCCAGACGGGAGAGAAACUCUAUGAGUGCUCGGACUGUGGGAAAGCAUUUGUUUCCAAGUCUGGCUAUGUUGUGCAUUCAAGGAUCCACAGUGGGGAGAAACCCUAUGAAUGCACGCACUGUGGCAAGAACUUCCGCCAGAGCUCACAGCUCAACAGCCACAGCAGGAUCCAUACGGGAGAGAAACCUUUCAAGUGCCUGGACUGUGGGAAGGGUUUUGGCCGGAGCUCCAACCUCAUUUCACAUCAGAGGAUCCACACGGGGGAGAAACCCUAUGCUUGCUCAGCCUGCAACAAACGCUUCUGCGACAAGUCCAGCCUAGUGAGGCACGAGAGGCUGCACACAGGGGAUAACCCUUACAAAUGCACCAUGUGCGGUAAAAGCUUCAGCCAGAGCCAUCACCUCAUUACCCAUCAGAGGAGCCACACGGGUGAAAAACCAUACCGGUGUCCACACUGCAGCAAGAGUUUCUGCGAUAAGUCAACCUACAUUCGGCAUCAGAAGAACCACACCGGGGAGAAGCCGUACAAAUGCCCAGACUGCGGGGAGUGUUUCAGCCGAACCAAGCACUUCAUCCGGCAUCAGAAUAUUCACUCUGCCCGGGAGCUGUACCCAUGUUUGGACUGCGGUGAGAGUUUUUGCCGCAAAUCAAGCCUAAAGACGCACCAGAGGAUCCACACUGGGGAGAAGCCCUUUGAGUGUGCCGACUGUGGGAAGAAGUUCAAUCGCAGCACAAACCUGAUCAGCCACCAGAGAAUCCACACUGGAGAGAAACCAUAUGCCUGCACAGAGUGUGGAAAGAGGUUCAAUCGUCGAGCGCACCUGAUGGGCCAUCAGAGGGUCCAUGCGCAGAACAGAGAAAACCCUUAAGUGAUCAGAGCUUGCAAAGAUGUCCAGACAGGGUUGACUCUUCAAUGUAGAUCUAAAAUAAAACAAAUCGGAUAUUUUUAAAAACAUUCAGGCUGCUUUUCCACUUUGAAAAAAGUCUUCAAAGCGCCAAAUUGAACGAUCAAGUAAAAGGCCAAAGAGAAGUGAAAUCUGUGGAAACCAUUGCAGGAAACCAGAGAGCAGUUAAAUGCGGGAAAAGCAGCAGACAAGCAGAUCCAUCUGUCAAGACCUUAGGGGAUAAAAAGGGACUGAAAGUGGAAAUAAUGUCAGCAGUUCGCCAAUCUGCCUGAGUAGGAAGUGGACUGCUCCAGAUCGAUGGCCAACAGGUUGUUAACAGGGGCUCGCUGUGAUUUAUCUUGUGUACCCAAGACCUUUGUUAGGUCCCAGUUUGGUCCUGGGCACAAUUCAAAGUGCUAGUGUUGACCUUUCAGUUCUGAAAUGGGACUGAGGUAUCUUGGGGGGCUGUCUCCACCGAUCAACUGAGAUUGUCAUUGGAGGCCCUUUUUCUCAAUCCCCCACCUUUUGGAGAUGAGCCAGUGUUGACUGGACAAAGGACGUGUUCUGUGAUUAUGCCUCAUGUAAUGGAACUCCCUCCCAAGAGACGUUUGCCAGGCGCCUUCUUUGAGGAACCUCUUCCUCGCAACUCGUAAUUGAUUUGUGGAACUUGCCGCCUGGUGGAUGUUGUGACAGCCACUAGCUUAGAUGACCUGGGGGGAAGGACUUGACAAAUUCCAAUAGCUAUUCCCAGAAGUCCAUUGAUGGCUAUUUGCCAUGGUAGUAGUGUAGAACUUCCAUGUGGAGAGGCAGUGUAUCUGUGAGUAUGAGUUGCUUGGGGGCAAAUAACAGGGGAGGGCAAUUGUGUUCAUGCCUGACUCUUGGGCUUCCAAAUGCUAUCAAGUUGGUCACUGUGGAGAUCAAGGUGCUAGAUGGACUUUUGGCCUGUUCCAGCAGGGCUUUUCUGGUGUGUUUUCAGGCACCAGGCAAAAUUUGUGCUAUUUGUGUAUGAAGUGGUUUGUUCCCAUCCCUCCUGCCCCCGCCCCUGCCCAGUUCCUCUUUGUUAUUAUUUUGGCUUGUGUGUGUAGGUUCCUGACUUUUCCUUCUUGUGCUGUUGUUUUACUUGCUGUUUUAGUUGCAAAUGUUUAGACUGUUCUGAAUGGUAGUUGCACUUGGGUUUUACUUAUUAUUCACUUCUAUUACGUUGCUGUAAACUACCUUGAACAUCUGUGGGGCAGAAAGGCAGCGUGAAGAAAUGUGUUAAAUAAACCCAUGAACAAAA